AUGACAGAUCAACAACAUGCAAUUAUCAUUUCGGAUAGUAUUCCUGAGGUGGUAGAAGUUCUUGAUUCACAAAUGAGUGCCUGUGCAACACCAUCAUCGACAGUGCCAACCAUUGGAGACAAUUUAUCACUACAAUUAAAUAGUAAUAUAUUUGAUGAUGAUGAUGAUGGUGUAAAUGAUAAGGAAGUUCCGAUACAAGUGGAGAAAACUCAAUCACUGAUUAAUAUUGAUGAUGAGGAGGAGGACUUGAUAACACCAAUUAGUGCUCUUGUUGAAAAAGAAAUUAAUAAUCAUAAUAACAAUAAUGAUGGAAAUGAUCGAGUGGAAGAAAAUAAUGUGGAAAAGGAAUCACCAACAAGACAAGAUUUGGAAGAAUCGAUAGUAGAGGAUGUGAUUAUGAUUGAUGAUUCACAGAGUCAACAGGAAGAUACUGGGUUUGAGAGUGAUGAAGAAGAAGAGGAGGAGGAAGAGGAAUCUGUUCAACCAAGUAUUAUUCCCGAUAAAACAAUUUCAACUUGUACAGUAAAUUUAGAAGAAGAAGGAGAAGAGGAAGAACAACCAUCAUCAUUCUCUGCAACAACGGAAAUGGUCAACUUGUUGGCAAACAAGACACCAACACUAGCAAUUACACCAAGUGCAGAAAAAGCACCUAUUAGAACAUUUAGAAAAAACUCUGCUUCGGAAAAUACUAGCUCUAGCUCUGAAAAGGAAUCAACUAUUUCAAUAUCUUUCACAAAUGUUUCGCACAAUUUAAUUGACAAGAUUCAAAAAUUAUUAGAUGAAGAAUAUAUUAAUCAUUCAAAGAAGGGAAGAAAAAGGGAAAAUGUAACGCUAUGCUCUGGUAUUAUAGAGGCCAAUCCUCUCUUUGCCACCGAGAAGAUUAAUUUCGAUGCCAACUAUUUGAAAACUUUAAAAAUUGAUGUAGAAAAACCUAAAAUUGAGGACAAACCACCAAACUCUAACAAGAUUUGCUAUAAUUGCCUAGGUGUUGGUCACAUUAUUCGUGAUUGCACUCUCCCAAUUGACUAUGACCAAAUUGAGCUUAAUAAGGAAAGUUUCAAAUCGAAUGAUUCAAGAUUUUACGAAUCAAUCGACCCAAGACAUACGAGAUCUCGUGAUAGAAAUACUGCUUGGAACAAUGCUCUAGAUAUGGGAGAUAUGGCCAUAAAACUCUCUGAACGAACAAGGAGAAAAUUAACCUCACAUGAAUUGGAAUCAUACAAGUGUGCCACUCCAGAAAACAAAGUUCAUUCCAAGGAUAUUGGCAAGGUGAGUGAUGAAUUUCUCUAUGGAGGUGCCCUUCCAGCAGAUUAUUCAGGUAGAAAGGAACAGCUCAAUAAGGUAUUUACCAAGCUGAAAGAACAUAAGGAAGGUGGAAAGAAGAGAAAGCUUGAUCAAGCUAAUAGUGCCUCUGAGGAUGAAUAUAUUCAUGUGAAUGUCUCUCAAAAUUCCUCGAAGAAAUUUAAAAAGAAUAAGAAAUAUAAGGGAUCUAAUAAUUAUAGUCAAUCACAACAAGAUAGAGAUUACAAUAAUAAUAGUAAUAGCAGGAAUAAUAGAAAUAAUAAUAACUACAAUUACAAAUCCAAUAAUAGAAGAUAUCAAGAUAAUGAUAGAUAUCAAGACGAUGAUAGAUAUGAUAAAAGAUAUAAUGACAAUAAUCGUCACUAUCAUGAAGAUGAGGAAGAGGAAUACUCUCAAAGAAGCUACUCGAAGGAUCGUAAUAAUAAUAAGAAUAAGAAGAAUUCAAACAAUAAGAAAUACUAUUCCAACAACAAUAGAAGAUAA